AUCGAUUGAAGAAUAAAGGAAAGAAGAUAAUAAAAGGACUUUAAUUCUACAAAAAUCUUCAUUGGUGAAAAAAUGGACGGAGGUCCCUUCGAUGAUCCAAUAUUUUCUGACUUCGGUGGUCGAGGAGGUUCCGGAGUUCACAGUAUUCAAGUGAUGCUCGGUCUUCAUGGUGGACACCACGGUGGCGAUUUAAUGCCCACUGGAGGCCACCUUCACAAAUUGGAUUCCUCCAAUAGUCCACCACCCCAUCAUCAGACAUCUCAUCAUCAUUUGCAACAACAGCAGCAACAGCAAAAGGAGUUAAAGGAACUGGAAUUGGCUGGAAUGUAUGCUCCUCUUCCUCAGACACAGGAUGUUACCACUUCGACGUCCACCGCCGCAACACCGACUUCAACGACGCUACAGCAAGGUCUGCAGCUUGGAAAUCCUUUAAAAAGAAAACCAGAGGACCCGAUGAACACUCUUGCUCCAGUCAGUAACGAGGCACAACCAGCUAAGAAGGACUCAAAGAAGAAGACUGACAACAAUGGAAUCAAGAAGAAAAAGACUAGAACAACAUUUACCGCUUAUCAGUUGGAGGAAUUGGAAAGGGCAUUUGAGCGUGCACCAUAUCCUGAUGUCUUUGCACGUGAAGAACUUGCCCUGAAACUCGCUUUAUCGGAAUCAAGGGUUCAAGUCUGGUUUCAGAAUCGUCGUGCAAAAUGGCGGAAGAGAGAACCUCCACGUAAAACUGCUGGUUACAUGGCUGCUGGUUCAGCAAGUCCCGGCUUAUCAGGAUCAUUUACCUCAUUGAACAAUACUCUCAAUCCAUUCGCCUCUCCAACAACAGCAGCCGCACCACCGGAUGCUUGGGCGUAUUCGCCAGCCUACGAUCUUGCGCCACACCUGAAUCUACUUAGUCCGUCUAAUUCUCCAUACUCCACCUCCUUUGGUGGACCAAGUAAUAACGGAUCGGCGUACUCGUAUGCAACUAUGCUUCCGCAGCACGAUGCCUCGUUAUUCUCUACACCAUCAGGCAAUACGAUGCGUGUGCACCAAGACUAUAUGAAUGCUAGUAAUAGUCCACCACCCCCUUUAACACGAAACGACUAUCAGACUAUGGUGACCACCCAUUCACCACCUACUCAUCUAGCCAACUCCAUGUCCGAGGAAGAACAUCAACAAAACAAACAAUUAGAUUAUGUCAGUGGUCUUAGUCCAGCGGAUAAAUAUCAACAUGAACAACCUGAUUACACCCAACAACCACAACAACAGCAACAACAACAGGAUCAGAAACAAGAAUAUGGAAUGCAUUCACCCCAAGGACGUCAAGGAAUGAAGGAACAGGUGAUGGUGAAAACCGAGCCAAACAACCAACAAAACUAUGUUCAGUUGCCUCCUUUUCUGAACUGAUUCGAAACCUCCGGUCUAGACUCGCUUUAAAGCAAC